AUGGCGGACAGGCGGCUGGUGGUGCUGGUGCUGGCCCUCCUCGCAGCGGGCGCUCGCGCGCAAAACCUGGUCGUCGCGCCGCAGGCGCCCACCAUGAUGCCCCAGGCGGCCACAUCGGCCCCCAAGGGCCCCUGCGACAUGGGCCUGACCUUCUUCCCGCCCCAGGGCGAGAACCUGCCCACCGGCUGGUCGCAGGCGGUGCAGCAGAGCGGCGGGAACAUGCAGACCGACCAGAUGAUGAAGGUGGCGCUGGCUGGGUACCCCAUCCCGCAGCUGUACAUGGGCCCCGCCAGCGUCUACACCCAAGUCGGCGGCAGCGUCCCCGUCGCGUGCGUCACCGGCCAGAGCGCCGCAGGCGCGGGCGUGCUCACGCGGCCCGCGGCGUUCACCAUCACGUGGGCCCUCGCCGGGCAGAGCGGGCAGCUGGGGCCCUUCCUCAAGGGCUCCAAGCAGGACCCGCCCGCCAAUGUGACGCUCAACUUUGUGCCGCAGCUGCCCGACGGUGACUACUGCCUGCAGGUUAAGAUGGACCUCAUCCCGGGCUCCGGCAUCGUCUCCAUCGGCGCGCAGCAGUUCGAGGUGCCGGCGCGUGCGCAGUCCAUCAUGCGCCAGGUCUGCUUCUUCAAGCUGGCCACGCGGCCGCAGGCCAACAUCACGGGCGACCUGCAGCUGUUCAGCACCGUCUUCCACGUGUGGGGCAAGCUCAACCGCACCUUCGACCGCACGCCCCAGGGCGACAACCUGCAGGAUUACUUUGGGCAGUACGUGAAGUGGACCGACCCCAAGGACCCCAACCACCUGCAGGUCUUCCUGGACAGCCCCGGGCUGGUCAACGGAUACUACAAUGUCUGGAUUGAGGGCUCGCUGUCGACCAGCACCCCAGACCUCAACAGCCUGUUCGGUCUUGACCAGUACGACGACGGCUCAGCGAAGUUCAUGGGCGUCAGCCUGCGCAACAUCAGCAACAAGCCCGUGCCGAUCCAGACCGUCAAGUCAAAGAUCGCCAACCUAGCGGGCCCCGAGGUGCCCGUCGCGUCCGGCGCGAGCGCCGCGUUCACGUGGGACACCCAGGGCUACGGCGAGCAGUUCUGCUAUGUCGACGGCACGCGUAUCGCCAACGCGGCGGACGCGGUGCACUGCGAGAGCCCGCUCAACCUGCGGGUGGCGGACAGCGGGAACCACACGCUUGAGGUGGUCCUGCUCGACGUGUGCGGUCAAACCACUGCCAACGGUCUCUUUUUCGGCUCCUGGGGCUGGCGCCCAAACAUGAAGUUUACGCCCCCCACGCCACCGGCCCCCGCGCCGGGCGCCGCCGGCGCCGCAGGCAGCGCAAAGCCGCUGCCGCUCGCGCGGCCGAUGAACCGGACGGACCGCAGCGCAGCAGGCGCGCCGCGCGUGGCGGGUUGGGCCACGGGCGCCGCAGCUGCGGCGGCGGGCGCCCUGGCGCUGCUGGCACUGUGA